GUAAACCUCGCGCGCCCAGCUGAGCCCUUUCUUCUAUCUCAACCGCUACAAACCGACGAUUGAGACAAAAUACCAAAAUUACCCCUAAAAUUGCCCCUAAAUUUAGUUUACACGCGCGCCCUUUCUUUGCCUAGACGCGGUCUCUCAAGCUCUAUUCACCUCUCAAAAUACCAAAAUUGCCCCCAACUUAAGAACACAAUUCUCAGCCCUAGAUCGUUUCCUUCUCACCAUCAUCUUCAAGGACAUUCCACUCCCGACGCGUUUCCGGCCACCGUUUCUUGCUGGUCCAAGAUUGUUCUGCUUCUUUUGAUUGUAUCUGAAAUUGUUUACCCAUUUACCCAUGGGAGAGGACGAUGAGCAGGAUAGACCGAAGAUCACAAAUCUUCAUUUAAGAUAUGAUGCAGAAAUGAUUAGUAUGAGCCAUCCGCAGAUGGCAAACCAUCCUCACGUAAUCAAUCAGUCUCAAGUCAUGAACCAGCCACAGGUCAUUAAUCAACCUCAGUUUCUGAACCAAAGCCAGCUAAUGAACCAUUCUCAGAUAAUGUCUCAGUCUCAGGCCAUCAACCAGGCAAAUAUUUUGCCGCAGCCUCAGGCCAUGCAGCAGUCCCAAAUGAUCAUGGGUCACUCUCUGCCGCCUAUGAUGAGUAGCAAUUAUAAGGUAUGGGCACACCCGCAGGCCCCUUUGGAUACUAACAAGAAGUACCGCAACUUCCCUAAGCCUAACUAUGGAAAUAUGAAACAAUUGAGGUCAGGGCGAGGCAAUUGGAAGGGAAAAGGCGUUAGUGACAAAAGGAUGAACAAUAGGAGAAUGGAAAAACCUUUACCGGGUUCCAUAAGUGGUCCAAAUAAUGCUGGAGGAUAUCAACCUCCAAGUCUUCAAGAGCUGCAGUCUCAAAAUCGUAUAAGAGCUCGAAAAUUUUACUCAAAAAAGAAGUUUGGUAACAGGUUUGCACCUUAUGCGCCUCGAAAUACCACGUCUUUUAUAAUUCGUGCAAAGAAGUCUGGUGGGAUCGCUUCGCUUGUGUCCCCUAGUCCCGUAACACCAACUGUGCUUCCUACUCCAAUGUUCUCCCCUUCAAGGGAGGCGUUGGGUGAUAUGGCCAAGGAGGAAUGGGGUGUUGAUGGUUAUGGAUCAAUGAAAGGGUUGAUAAGGCUUCGAGGGUCUGAGAAUAAGGUGGAAGUGCAGGAGGAGGAGGAAGAGGACGGUGGUGGCGUGUCGAGUGAUAGUGAUGUAGAGGAACAUCUGGAGGUAGAACGUAGAUUGGACCAUGACUUGAGUCGAUUUGAAAUGAUAUACCAGAACUAUGGAGUAGAGUAUAAUAACUGUUUGGAAAAUAGGGUCGAUGAUCAGGAUAGCCAUAUAGCUCAGUUGGAGGAGGAGAACUUGACACUGAAGGAGAGACUUUUUCUUAUGGAGAGAGAGCUUGUUGACUUGAGGAGGAAGUUGCAACUUCUUGAAGGACAAAACCCAGCUAUUGACGAUGUGAAUGAGGAGGUAGUGGAGAACGUAUCUGAGAAUGAAAGUGAUGGGGGGUUGGAGAUGGAGUAUGUAUCUGAAAUUACACCAAACCAAGAUGUUGAUAUUGAUUCUAAGGAGGACGAUGAAGAAGUCUUAGAGAUUGAGGGUGGGGAAAAAUGUGUAGGGGAAGAUUUUUCAAAAGGGAAAGUGGUUGAUGAGAAAUUGACGGUGAAUGAUGAAAUGGUGAAGAAAUCAGAUGAACACCUUCCGGAAGUCAGUGUAGCAAAAGAUGAAAAAAUGAAGGUUGAACUUGUUUCGGGGAAGGUAAAUGAAUGCGAGGACAUGGAUGAAAAAUUGGGUAAUGCUUUGCACUCGGAUUCAGGGAUUGUAAACAAAACCGUGGCCAAUGACGAAGAAGAGCAGAAUAGAGUUAUAGAUGUAAAGGAAGGGUGUGAAGAAUCAACGGAGAAUUCUGUGUCGGGAAAUGACUGUUGUUAACUAUAGGCCUACUUUGAGAGAAGUGCUUGCAUAAGUGGCUAGUGUUGUGUAAAUGGAAGCCACUUCCUUCGAGAGAAGUGGUUGCAUAAGUGAUUAAUUUUUUGUAAAUGUAAGCCACUUCCCUGAAGAGGCGUUUUCUUGGAAUUCUAUCGUCAGUGUUGCAGCUUCUUGUUACAUAUUUCUGAGUGAUGUUUUCAUUAGAAUCUUUCUCGUUGG